AUGAAACCUCCUAGAGCAGGCAUGUUUUGGAGGCGACAAGGGUGGGUUAAGGAAAGAAGUCCGUUAUCGAGGAAGGAGAGGAAAGAGAAGAAGAUUGACAUGGCGAACAAGGCAGUCGAACGAUACCAUCGAGACCCAGGUUACAAGUUCUUGCAUGAUCGUGUUUCAGACCUUUUUGCGGAUUUUCUCAACACCGAUAUUCAGAACUUGGAUUCUGGUGCCAAAUUUCUGACUCGUGAGAGAGAGAGAUUUGAGGACUACCUUGAAUCAGUGCGGGCCGGGAAGGCGAAGGUUGCGGCGGGUGCUUUGUUGUCGCAUCUGAUUAUAGCCUUAAUAUUGCAUGAUGACAAUGGAAACGAAGUGGCCGAGCUUCAGUGGAAGAGAAUGGUGAGUGACUUGGCCAAGAAAGGGAAGUUGAAGAAUUGUCUUGCAAUUUGCGAUGUUUCGGGAUCUAUGUGUGGUACUCCAAUGGAGGUGUCUGUGGCUCUUGGAAUAUUAGUCUCCGAAUUGAGUGACGAGCCAUGGAAAGGGAAGCUUAUUACAUUUAGCCCAAACCCAGAGCUCAGGACGAUUUACGCUCAAAGACGCAAUUCGUCGAACACAUGGACUGGGUGAUAAACACAGAUUUUCAAGAGGGUAAUUGACUU